UUAUUUUGACAGGCGUGUCCUCCGUUCCUCCAUACCUCUCUGACGGGCUGACAGCGGUUGUGUUGGAGAUGAGCUUUGAGUGGCCCUGGCAGUACAAUUUCCCCCCCUUUUUCACAUUACAGCCAAAUGUUGAUACGAGACAGAAGCAGCUGGCGGCCUGGUGCUCGCUCGUCCUGUCGUAUUGCCGCCACCGGAAGCUUUACACAGUGGACGUGCUGGAGGCUCAAGAAAGCCCAGUGUUCAACAACAAGAAGAUUGAGAGAAAGCUCUCUGUUGAGGCCAUACAGGUCAUCUUUGAGGAACUGAGAAAAAAAGGGAACCUGGAAUGGAUGGACAAAAACAAAACACGCUGUUUAAUCAUGUGGCGAAGACCCGAGGAGUGGGGCAAGCUGAUUUAUCAGUGGGUCUCAAAAAACGGCAUGGUCAACUCAGUGUUUACACUUUAUGAACUUUCUAAUGGUGAAGACACAGAAAACGAAGAGUUCCAUGGGCUCGAGGACUGGAUGCUGCAGCGCUCGCUGCAGGCCCUGCAGGCCGAAGGCAAGGCGGAGGUCAUCACGCUGGACGACGGAAAAGGAGUCAAGUUCUUCUGAAUUGCGCUUUUUCAGUUUCAGACUUUGGGAAGGCGGGUUAUCGGGCUCCUUUAAGCCCAGCCUGAUUAUUUUUUUCCUUUAUGGUCUCCUGCGUUCAGAUGGGCUCCAGGCUGGUUUUAGAGCUGGUUUUCCUGACACAGAUUAAGCCUAGUACUGGACUAAAAAGCAUUUCCUACCAGUCUUAGGCUGUGGCUUGAAAAUCGCAGCUCUAACCAUAGCACUCCAUCACUUAGAGGAAUAGUUUGCUGAAAAAUCUGAGGUACAUGAUUUUCCUUUUGCCACGAAUGCAAUCGAUCAGCCAAAUCUUGCUUCUUUAUUUUAGAACUGGAGCUAAGAGGCUAACGUUGCUAACAAGCACUUGACGUCAAUGGUCGCCCAAAACGUUUCUGUAAAAAUACAUCCCCAGAAAUUCACAGACUCAAACCACAUCUAGGUAUAAAUUCAGGUCGUACAAAUAAGUCAGUGUGGUUUAGAACAGAGCAUGACUCUGUAUAAACUAUACGAACAUAUAAGAAACCUCUCCGUAUCGCUAAAAGAACAGCCAGCCAUUUGGGAGAACCGGAAUCGCUGCUUUUCUCAGCAAAGUUUGGAAUAAUUUCACACAAGACGGCCAAAAACACAGACGCUCAGUAAACAAGCUAAAUUAAAACUGAUUGUGCACAGAAUAUCAAUAGCCUCAAAUGCACACAAAAAAAGAUGGUUCUUCAAGGGUUCUUUAGUAAAGACAGUGG